CUUCAAUCUCCGCUAUCGAUCUACUGAUUGGCCCGUACUCAGCUCUUCUUUUGGCUGAGACGUCGAUCGUGUCCCUAUCCAGGUCCCUUUGCUGAAACUUCAUCGCGACUUCGUUGCAGCGACUACAUUCGACUUUCGGGACUGAACAAACCACAAGAACUCCAAAAUCCUCGCCGGUCCGCUGUCAACCCAAUUGGAUCUAGUCGGCGACAAUGCAGAAAGUCAUUCGUCGGACAGCGCUGGCCAAGACCCAGCACGCUCGCAAGGCAGCUCGACGCGCCGACAAAAAUGUUGCCAUAAACCGCAAGAUCUCCCGGCAGAACGACAAUGUCAUUUACAAGGGAGUGUUUGACGACAUCCGUACUGCACGCCAAGUGCGACGCGAGAACUGGGAGCUAGGCCCUCUUGCUCCACGGAGAGAUGUUGGAGAUGCAAAAGAGACCUACGGUACAAUUGAUGCGCGGCGGCUGCAAACUCAAAAGAAGCAAAAAGAGUCAACUUUGAUGCUAUUUGCUGCUGGCGACCGCGUUGUUCUUACCGAGGGCCGGGACCAAGGCAAGAUUGGAUCUGUACGGGAGGUCCGAGCAGCUACAAAUGAAUUAGUUGUUUCAGGGUUGAAUCUGGUCGAUGUAGCCGUCCCUGCCUUUAUGAUUUUACAGGAUAACGAUAAACGUCCCAUCCGCGCUGUCGAGCAGCCGGUCUCAGCCUUAUCUGUGAAGCUGGUAUAUCCUCUCCCGGACCCCGAGUCGGGCGAGCCCAAAGACGUCAUCAUCAAAAAACUCGUUCGCGGACGAGUAUGGCAUAACCGGCAAACCGGAGACAAGAGCUGGUCGAGAUACGUGCCUGGACUCGGCGUGAAAGUCCCCUGGCCAGAGAAGGGCCCGGAACCCAUGGAAGAGGAGCAUGAUGCCGAUACGCUACGCAUGGACGUCGAAGCUCAGACCUGGGUACCAACCUUGCUCCGACCGCCCAUGCCUUCCACCGUCAUUGACGAACUGCGCAACAAAUACAGCGUAUUCCGUGACCGUCAUGAUGACGAGUAUAUUGAGCGGAAGAUGGCUGAGGAUCGUGCCAACGAGGAGAAGAAGCGCGCAGCUGAUCUCAUGCGUUCGCCCGUAAAGGAGCUGAACCGGCUUGAGCGCGAAGCCAAGAAGAAGAACGGCAAGCCCAGACUCACGAGCGAAAUGCUUGAGAAGAUUGGUGAGAUUAUGGCAAAGAAGCAAGGCAUCGAUCCUGCGUCGCCAGCAGCAUAAACUCUCUUUGAUUACCCAUAACUGCGCGCCUAUUCUUUUCAUUGUUGAUAUGGCGCUUUGCGGUUGACGCUAUGCGCCUUCUUUUCUCGGAUACAUGUAUAGAUUUACUCUACUUUCUUCAUAUUUUCUGGGCAUCAGCGGCGUCUGUCUCACUUCUCAAAAUUUACCUGUAGUUUUACCGUACCGAUAUCGCGAUUGGGAUGGAUGUACAAUAUAGCGUUUGCGACUACGUGGUAACCUUCCAGAAAUGCGUGAUGUGUCUCUUAUAUCUUACGUUGCCGG